AUGCCCUACUUCACUGAGAACCAGAGGGGCCCAAACUCCGUGGGCAGACAGCUGCAGAAGAAGAUGAACACCACCGCGCCCUCAAGCACCCACACCCCAGUCUACCUCGUGGGGUCAGGGGGCCUGGCGCUGGUGGCAGCGGCGGUGGCGGCGCGGAUGGCGGCGGAGCGCGGACGCCAGUGGGCGCAGGCGCGCAGCGCAUAUGGCGCCAGCGAGGCCCUGAGGCGUGCUGUGGGCAGUCGGCGGGACCCCGCGCCACAGCCCAACGGGCCGGGCCCUGAAGAAGCCCGCGCCCUGGGCCGCCUGGCUCGCCUGCGGGGCCAGCUCCGGGCCGAGGCGGCGGCGCGGGCCGACGCGCCCCGGCUGCUGCGGCCGGUGGAGCGCGCGGGGGCGGCGGCCGGGGAGCGGGCGGACGCGCGCGGCCGCGAUUCAGUGUGCUCGGUGUGCGGGGAGCCGCGCGGAGGGGCCACCUACCCGGCGGGCGUCCUGGAGGUGAGCGAGCGGCGGCUGCAGGAGGGCCUGGCGGCCGUGCGCGCCGAGCUGGGCGCGGGGCUCGAGGCGCUGCGCGCGGAGCUGCGGGCCGAGCUGGACGCCCUGCGCGCGCUGCUGCCGCCCCCGCCGCCCCCCCGCCGCGAGCCCCGCGCCGCCCCCCGGGCCCCCCGCGGCCCUGCUCUGCUGCGGGCGCUCGGCACCGUGAACGCCCUGGCCGCGGUCGCGAGGCCCGCCGCUGACGUCCCGGACGGUCCCGCCGACGGCGGCACCAACCGGGCCGCGGCCCAGAAGAACCUGAAGAAGACGCCGGUGCCGCCUGGGGCCCAGCAGGGCGGCGGGGACUGA